AUGCAUCGAAGGGUAGGCAAGCCCAAAUCCAGGAAGGGAUGUGUAACCUGCAAAAUCCGCCAUGUCAAAUGCGACGAACAAAAGCCAGAAUGCAACCAAUGUACCCGUUCCGACCGUAAAUGCGACGGCUACAGCGAUUCCUCGCAAAGACAACUCCAAGAACAAAUCAAAAAGGACAUUCCUGUCCAAAGAUGGCAUAUCAACCCAGACCAGAGUUUUGUGCUGGUCCCCGGAUCUCGCGAAGAGCGCCAAUACGUGCAUGUUUUCUGUACACAGGCGACGCAUGCACUAUCGGGAUUCUUUCCCACUGAAUUUUGGACGAGAUUUCUUCCUCAACUCAGUCAUCGAUAUCCGGCAAUUCGCCAUGCUGUUUCGGCUGUUGGGGCGGUUUAUGGGAAACAGUUGCUUCCUGCGAAUGCUGAUUCUGCGGAUGUAGAGCAGUUUACGCUGCUGCAGUAUAAUAAAGCUAUUCAGAGUUUUCUGGGUCAGUUGAAUUCACCGCAGACGGUGGGGAUUGACUUGGUUUUGGUUACUUGUCUGUUAUUUGUCUGUUUGGAAACUCUUCGAUCGAAGAAUGUUCGAGCGUUGGAUCAUAUUCAGAGCGGUGUUCAGAUUCUGGCGGCGCGAUUGAAGGAGAAGAAGGUCACUGUGAACAAUGAGUUUGAGCGGGAACUCUUGCAUAUUUUCGGUCGUCUGAAUAUUCAGACUGGGUUGUUUGGACGGGGUAUUUUACCUUUGGAUAUUCACCCGGAGAAAUCUACUAUUGCAGGGUCUGGGGAGAUACUUGCCUUCGACAAUAUCUCACAAGCGCGGGAGACUCUGACCAAUCUCCAAUGUCGGGCGUUGGUCUUCAUUCGAUCAGUUGGAAGUAAAAGCGGAAUCACAUACGAGACCGUCUUUGAGCAGCAAAUCAAGGAACAAAAAUCGCUGGAAGCAGAAUAUCACACAUGGCGCGAAGCAUUUGAUCGACUCGGAAAGAAAUCAAGCAAAACCACAGGCAUUUCGGAUCCACGGGCACCCUUGGCACUACUCAUCGAACACCAGACCUCGCUGGUCUGGCUACUCAAUUGCAUUUCCCAAGAAGAGUCACAUUUUGACAACUUCACUUCGAAUUUUGAAGAAAUCGUCGGUUUGGCAGAAAGCAUCCUCGAACUCAGCCCGAAGACAGAAUCACAACCUGUUGCUGAGCAAUUUUCCCUGGAUCCAGGGGUCCUGGCUCAGAUAUACUGGACUGCAAAUAAGUGUCGAGAUCCCCUAAUUCGACGAAGAGCCAUAGCUGCUCUAGCUCGGUGUCCGGCAAGGCAGGGAAUGUGGCUUCGACCGUUAAUUGUUCAGGUGGCGUCUAAGAUUGUGGAGAUGGAAGAAGAAGCAAUUUGUUCUUUGCCUGUUAAAGAGAGGAGGGUCGCGGAGAAGGACCGUGUCUAUGAGGCGCUGAUCUACCCUGAAGAGGAUCAGCGGAGUCCAUGUCCAGUUGGGUUCUUGUUCAAACCCAAUGGUGUCAAUGGUGAGUUUGAGUGCCGCCAGGUUGAUGUGGCAUGGUGA